ACCCAAGACGCUUCAAUUGCCUCACUCACUCAAAGACAACCUGAACUGCCGUUAGUAAUCUUUGCUCGCCUAAGCAAAUUCUGGCACCCAAGUUCCCGACUUGCUCUUGUUACCCGUUUAUCGUGAGCUCUGCCCUACCAUUACCCUUCACCUGCAUCGGCAAACACGGAACCUACUCCAACAACGCCUUCCCCCCAUAGUCUGACACGCCCAAAACCCUUGCGACGACGUCAACGCACACGUCCCGGCUGUGCUGCCUCCACCAAACAAAUCGGCAUUUUCCAAACGGCACAUGAGCGCCAUCUGCUUGCACAAUGAAGGCUGCUCCGCUCCUGGUGUCCUGGCACGACGAGAAUGCCCCCAUUUACUCAGCCCACUUUGAACCACACGGCAAGGGACGUCUGGCGACAGCUGGAGGCGACAAUAAUGUCAGGCUUUGGAACGUGGAGACGCACGGCGAAGAGCGCAAAGUCACGUAUUUAUCAUCACUCGUAAAACACACGCAGGCCGUCAAUGUAGUACGAUGGUGUCCACGAGGCGAAAUGCUAGCAAGCGCGGGCGACGACGGCAACGUCCUCCUGUGGGUCCCAGCUGAGAACCAAACCACGCACACCAACUUCGAGGACGGCCUUGAAAACAAAGAGACAUGGCGAGUCAAGGCCAUGUGCAGGUCCAUAGGCUCAGAGAUCUACGACCUAGCCUGGUCUCCAGACGGCGUCUUCUUCAUCACAGGCAGCAUGGACAACAUUGCUCGCAUAUACAACGCUCAGACUGGAAGCAUCGUACGGCAGAUUGCCGAGCAUAACCAUUAUGUCCAGGGCGUGGCCUGGGACCCCUUGAACGAGUACAUCGCGACCCAGUCGUCUGAUCGGUCUGUCCAUAUCUACACACUGAAGAACAAGGACGGCCAGUUCUCCUUGGCUCAGCACAGCAAGGUUACCAGAAUGGACCUGCCCGCACGCCGUGUAUCCUCAAAUAGCCCUGCUCCGCCCGACUUCGGUGGCCGAGCGUCCUUCGUCGGUGACGCCAUGGCAAUUGGCUCGCCUGUCCCAUCAAUGCCUGGCACUCCACAGUCACUCGCUCUGCCAAAUAUGCAUCCUCCGCCAACAUCGCACAGUCGUCGUUCUUCGUUUGGAUCUACUACCUCACCAUCAGUGAGGCGCUCCGCCUCGCCUGCCCCGUCCAUGCCUCUGCCCGCUGUCAUGCCAAACUCUCCCAGCAUCAGCAGUAUUGGUACUCUAGGGAUUCGCAACGCACCCAUUUACUUCAACGAGACCUUGACAUCCUUCUUCCGACGCCUCACGUUUGCUCCAGAUGGAAGCUUGUUGUUCACCCCUGCGGGCCAGUACAAAGCACUGCAUCCAUCAGUUGGCGAAGCAAAACCAGCCGAAGAUAUCACCAAUACGGUCUACAUUUACACUCGAGCUGGUCUCAACAAGCCCCCCGUCGCAUAUCUACCGGGUCACAAAAAGCCUUCAGUUGCGGUCCGUUGCUCACCAGUCUACUACACCCUACGCCAGGCUGCCCCGCCCACGAGACAAAUCACUAUCGACACUUCGAACAUGGAUGAUGAAAUACCGUCUUUGCCAGAGCCCGUCAUGCCUUCGAAGCCGCCUACAUCACAUUCAUCCAUGGAUCCGCCGCCUAUCACGAGUGCACCCUCUCCCUCGCCAAGCCUAUCAGCACCAUCACCCAAACCCACCGAUGGCGAUGCGUUCACUCCAACCGUCCCGCCUGCUGGACCUACGGCUGCAUUUACACUGCCUUACCGCAUGAUUUAUGCUGUCGCAACUCAAGAUGCCAUCCACAUCUACGAUACACAACAGCAAAAGCCGUUGUGCAUAGUUAGCAACUUGCACUUUGCGACUUUCACAGAUAUCACCUGGUCUAAUGAUGGCUCGAUGUUGCUAAUGACAUCAUCGGACGGAUUCUGUUCUUCGAUCACGUUUGCUCCUGGUGAGCUUGGGGAGAAGUACACAGGACCAUUAGCUGUCCACAGUCGAGCACAGCAACCACCUGCUGCGAUUAAUACAACAACUGGUCAUGCAUCAAACACGUCGACCCCUACUCCGACUCCUACUACAGGAAGUAUGUCAGGUACCGCAACAGCCACUGCACCACCCAUGCAGAGGCAACCAUCUGCCGGCUUUCCUGCUUCACCAAGCUCGUUCGUCCCUGCAAGACCAGGUAGUCCAACAAGGAGCAACUCGGUAUCUAGCAUAGCUACAGCCUCAUCCUUUGCUCCUGGGGCGGGUGACCAGAGUAACAUGAACGCGCCAACGCCAGCUAUGUCGUCGGUGCCUAGCAUAGCGGCUGCAAACUCCGGUCCGGUUCCCAUGUGGACACCACCUCUUACACCAGCUCAUGGACAGCACGGAUCACACAGUGCAAAUAGUUCUGUCAGCGGCAUCCCCAAUAUUGGCCAGAUUGGUCGAAGAGAAAGCGAGAGGAGCGAGUCGGACCGUGACGACGGUCUGUCUACUUCGAAGAAACGGGAACUUCACUCUGUCCCAGAAGGCAAUGUGGAAGAAGUCCGAGAGAGCAAGAGGCGAAGGAUCGCACCGACGCCUAUAAUGAUGACAGAGGAGGAUGACAGCGCUAUCGCUAGCACCGAGGAACAUACAGCAACGACGCAAGCACAGAGCCAGCAGUAG